AUGAGGAAGGGCAGCGAGUGCACCAGGAUCAGCCCGGAGACCACCACCAGCGGCAACCCCAUGUUCUCCCGCCAGGCCAGCAGGUCCGGCGGCCGGUCGGCGGCGCCGUCGGAGCCGGACGCCCGGCCGAGGCAGCCGCGCGGAGGCUGCCGCCUGCUGAGGACCGCGCGGUGGACCGCCGCGAGGUUCUACCAGCGCGCGAGGGUGAGCGUCGUCACGGCGUUCUGGUCGGCCCCGAGCAGGAGAGGCUCUUCCAGUUCCACUUCCAGUGCCGCCUCACGCUCGCCGGAGUAUACGCCGGCGAGGAACAGCAGCAGGCGGCAGUCCGGGCCGGUGGUCGUCGCCGAUGACUCCCACAAGAGCGAAGCCGUGGAGGAGUGCAUCAGGUUCAUGAACUCCUCGUCCAGGAAGUACCGCUAG